GCCACUGAAAAAGACCCUAUUUCUGAACCACUGUGAACCAAAGCUUACAACUUCUCUCUUAUAUAUCGGUCAAAUUGAGAUAGGGAAACCAGAAUGUCUCACAAUGUCAUACCCAUGAACUCUUCAACGCUCAUCAUUCAGCUGCAACCAGCAACACAAACAGCACCAGUGAGGACGGACCCAAAUGCUCCUGAGCCUCUUCAAGGACUUCAGGCAUUUCUGAAAGGACAACCAAAAGCCCUUGGGACGGUCCAGAUAAUGAUCGGUCUGAUGACUCUCCUGUUUGGCAUUGUGUCUACAGUUUAUGUUGAACCCAUGUUUGUCUAUACUGGGGUUACUUACUGGGGAUCUCUCAUCUACAUUACCGCAGGCUCACUCUGCAUUUCUGCAGAAGACAAAAUUAAGUCUCCCUCCAGUUUGUGUUUGGUGAAUGCUUCACUGGGAAUGAACAUUUUCAGUACGAUAACCGCAGGCAUUUCAAUUAUUAUACUUACAGUAGAUUGUGUUAUACGGCCAUACCCUUACUGCAGAGAUUAUUCUUGUUAUUCAGUGGUAAAGUAUGAGUCUCUCUUCAGGGGAAUUAGCGGUGUAUUGCUGUUUUUUGCCGUGUUUGAGUUUAUAAUCUCCAUCUGUCUGUCAGCAUUUGCCUGUAAAGCCAGCGCCUACAGUUCUCCUUCUCUGGUGCAGUUUGUGCAGUCCUCUGAUUUCACGCGUUUCCAUGAUCUUGACAGCUCAGAGAUACCUGUGGCCAGCAGCUCUUCCAUUCAUCACCAGCCUGCAGACACUCCUCCACAAUACAGUGAAUCCAAAUAAAUAUGAAUAAGUGGGCUGUUACCUUAUGAAACAAAAAAAAAUAUGUGGGAAUGUAUUAGAAAAUAUAAUGCAAUAUAUUAAAUAAUAUAUUUAUAUAUAUUGUUAUUGUUAUCUUAUAUUUUUCUGCAUACUGCAAUAUAUACUGCACCACAAUUUUACAUGUAAUAGCUUUAUUAAAACACUCAAUUUCGAUUUCAAAAGUUAAUGCUUAGGUUCACAUAUAGCGGAACACAAACUUUUUUCUCACUUUAUUGUUUGUAUAGUUACACAUUCAGUAUAUGAAAAUAUUUGUGACGUAUAAAAGAAAACUGUACUGAAAAGAUAAAUAAAAGUUUUGGACUUUUAGACGA